GGGCGGGAGAGGGAGGGGAGUCCGCGCUGAGCAGAGGGCGGUGCGCGCGGAGCGAACACCCACUCGCGUCCGUCCGAGCGCGGGGAGGCAGCAGCUGAGACAGCGCCAGGUCGGAGCCGCUGCAUCCCGCCCAGUCGGUCUCUGCCAGUCCACUUCGGGGCUUCAGAGGAUGGAGGAUUCCCGGGAGACCUCGCCGUCCUCCAACAACUCCUCCGAAGAGCUCAGUUCUGCCCUGCAGCUGUCCAAGGGCAUGUCCAUCUUUCUCGACAUACUGAGGAGAGCAGACAAAAAUGAUGACGGAAAGCUGUCCUUUGAGGAAUUUAAAGCAUAUUUUGCAGAUGGAGUUCUCAGUGGAGAAGAACUACAUGAUCUCUUCCACACCAUCGACACACACAACACCAACAAUCUUGACACAGAAGAACUGUGUGAAUAUUUUUCUCAGCAUCUGGGGGAAUACGAGAAUGUACUGGCUGCACUUGAAGACCUGAAUCUCUCCAUCCUGAAGGCAAUGGGCAAAACCAAGAAAGACUACCAAGAAGCCUCCAACUUGGAACAAUUUGUCACUCGAUUUUUGCUGAAGGAGACCUUAAACCAGCUGCAGUCUCUCCAGAACUCUCUGGAAUGUGCCAUGGAAACGACUGAGGAGCAAACCCGCCAAGAAAGGCAAGGCCCCGCCAAACCAGAGGUUCUGUCUAUCCAGUGGCCCGGAAAGCGAUCUAGCCGCCGAGUCCAGAGGCACAACAGCUUCUCCCCCAACAGCCCACAGUUCAACGUCAGCAGUCCAGCACUGUUAGAAGAAGACAACCAGUGGAUGACCCAGAUAAACAGGCUCCAGAAAUUAAUUGAUAGACUGGAAAAGAAGGAUCUGAAACUUGAACCCCUGGAAGAAGAAGUUAUUGAAGAGAGUACUAAACCGCACAUCAUGCUCGUGCAGCGCCAGAUGUCCGUGACAGAAGACGAUCUGGAAGAGUUCCAGCUUGCUCUGAAACACUACGUGGAGAGCGCCUCAGCGCAAAGCGGGUGCCUGCGUAUUUCUAUACAGAAGCUUGCAAAUGAGUCUCGCUACAUGAUUUAUGAGUUCUGGGAGAACAGCAGCGUGUGGAACCGCCACCUCCAGACAAAUUACAGCAAGACCUUCCAAAGAAGCAACGUGGAUUUCCUGGAAACUCCGGAACUCACAUCUACGAUGCUAGUUCCAGCUUCAUGGUGGAUCCUGAACAACAAUUAGAUGUCUCUACACAUUAUGGUCCCGAGUCUUAUCUAAAAUGCAAACUGGAAAGUUCUCUGUGGUUGACAAUUGGCUCACUUUUGUUCAAUGUGUUUACUGUAAGUACGCUAUUCUGAAGUGUAUUCUGGAACUAUUUUCAAAGUUUAUUGUUACUCUUGAUAACCGAUGCUAAUUGAUUUGCUACAUUGUCAUCGAUUAUAGCAAAAUGGUACAUAGAUAAAGCCAUGAAACUGAGCUAUGGUAAAAUCUAGCCGAGACCUUCCAGAGCAUCAUAGCAUGUGCAGGAUUGUACGCUGGAGCAUCAUAACAUGACAGGUUUGUACACUGUCACAUGCUCUAAAUGAUUACAUUUGUGGUUCAUGACUUUUUCAGUAACACAUUGUUCUGUGAGAGAGACAUUCCUCAGUAAGGUUCACAUGUCCAUCACAUGGUCCUCCAAAUAUUCCCUUUAAUAUUAACAUAAACAGAAAACAAACCUGGCUGUAGCCUGAAGAAGCUCUGCCCAUGUGUCGUGUUGUAAUCUGGUAUUUUGCGAGUGAACAUUCCGUAGUAACUUAGAGCAUUUACUUACGUGUCACCUUGUUUGUUAGUAUCAUGAUUCUUAUAUAUAAGCUAAACAUUACUGAUCAAACUUUGGGGAAAUUAAAGUUUAUGGCAGAAGGCUUUGGUAUAUAAUCAAAAUAGCUGAUUAUGAAAAAUGAACACUUGCAUUUAGAUGAAGAUUUUAAAAAUACAUACUUUAAAUCAAAUUUCAAAUCAAAUUUCAACUCAACAGUAGAGAAAUUUAAAACAAGCACAAAACUUUAGUACUAAAUAUACCUAUUUUAUAGACUUUCCUGGGUGUGUAAGAGUAUGAAAAUGCAUACAUAUACAGACUGGAUCCUCUGACAAAAAGGAAACUCAUAGGCGACACACAACAAUGAUGCCGUAGCAUAAACAUCUCAUUCUUAAAAAGCAAUACAUUUAUGCUUAAUGAACGAGUUUGGGGUUUUGUUUCUGUCUUUCUAGUUUAAAAAAAAAAAUCCUUUCUGAGGUGAAAAGCAAUGAAAACAAAGCUACUUUGUCCCCAGACCAAGCUGGGAAUCUACAGUGGCAGAAGCUGGUUUAGCCCUUCAUGCUCAGGAGAAACAAGGCUGCGCUACUCCUGGAGCGGGUUCAUUCACACCUUUCUGACACAUCACAUGCACUUCAGUGCACUAAAUUCCUAGGAAUCAAAAGUUUAAUCCUCAGUUCUUUAUCCAUCUAUAUUCGUAUUAUGAGAAAUUACAAAGCAGAAACGUAACGUACCUCAGUUUAUCUGCUAAUGCCUGAAUUUGUCCUCCUUUGGAAACAACCUCAAUUUUACUUUCCGACGGUGACUCUGGGUCAUACAGUCUGAUGAGCGAUAUUAAGUAUCAGCUACUUUUCCACUUCGGUUUCACUACCCCUGUUUUCAAAAUGUUUAUCUCGUAGUUAUGGGUCUAAGACCAUGUUAUUAUUAACAACCUAGGUAUAAUCAAUCACGUGUUUGAAAUGUCUAUCAAUGCUUUGAACGCCUGAAUCAUUGCAGGAGACGAACAGGUCACUGUGUUAAGUACUGGUGGGAGAUCAGUGGGAGAGAGAAUAAGUGACACUAACUUUAAAGGGCAACAAAAUUAUGCACCAUGAAUACAUUGUAGCAAAUAGUUUAUAUCUGAGAAUCUUUACAGCUUACAUUUCCAUUCCAUUAUUACAAGCGGUGAAAAACAAGAGCUGCAAGUAGCAUGCAAAUUAGUCGUUUCCCACCUCACCCACGGCAUCCCCACUUUCCAGUGCCACCUCCCAAUUUCUGCAGGAACUGCCUGCAAAGCUGAAAUUGAUUAGAAAAAUUCUUUAUAGUUUACAAUAUCUCUUCCUCAUUUUAUGAGAAGCCAAAUAGCCAACCAUCAAAAGUAAAAAUAAAUUGAAUCGUCACAGUCCAUCAGUUAUUGUUACUAGGUUCACUUCAUUUGCAGGUGUCCAAAAUAUAAUAUAAUUCUUUAUCUUCAAAUUCAUCUGUUCUUAAAAUGCUACUUAAAACUUUGGUUGUGUUCCUGUAAUAUAGAAGAAAGAUAAUUUAUCAAUUAGACUAACUAGUUUUCACAAAUUAGCUUAUCAACCAAAUACUAUGAAUCUACUUACAUGUAAAUGCAUGUUACUAUAGAAACUAUUAAAGUAACCAUCAAAUACAUUUGUUUCACUAAACCUAUGUAAUCCAUUUUUAAAUAUAGUAAAUUGUAUUCUAAAUCUGUUAUGUUUCUGUGGUACCUAGUUUUAUAAAUGUUGCUAAUGCAUAAAGCAAAAGUAUACAAUUUUCAUGUAUAUUUAUCCAAAAUAAGUUUGUCAGGCUUUUAUUAACAAAAUAAAAUGUUAAUGAAUC